GGGCCUCUGGUGGCGGUCGGGAACUGAGGGAGACGGCAACAUUGUUUCAAGUUGGACAAAUUGACAAGCGCUGGAGAUACAUUGCGUUCCAUCCCGACCUGGGGCCGCGGUGCCCGGCGGUGUCUCUUCCUCCUUGGCCCCCCAGAGUCCGGGCCCGCUUUCUGCAGGGUUCCUAGGCCCCCGCCCCAAGGCCGGGCUGACCCGACUCUCUAGCGCUUCAUGGAGAACUUCCAAAAGGUGGAAAAGAUCGGCGAGGGCACGUACGGAGUUGUGUACAAAGCCAAAAACAAGGUGACGGGAGAAGUGGUGGCGCUUAAGAAAAUCCGCUUGGACACUGAGACUGAGGGUGUACCCAGCACUGCUAUUCGAGAGAUCUCUCUGCUUAAGGAGCUCAACCACCCUAAUAUUGUCAAGCUGCUGGAUGUCAUCCACACAGAAAACAAACUCUACCUGGUUUUUGAGUUUCUGCACCAGGAUCUCAAGAAAUUCAUGGAUGCCUCUGCUCUCACUGGCAUUCCUCUUCCCCUCAUCAAGAGCUAUCUGUUCCAGUUGCUCCAGGGCCUAGCUUUCUGCCAUUCUCAUCGGGUUCUGCACCGAGACCUCAAACCGCAGAAUCUGCUUAUCAACGCAGAGGGAGCCAUCAAGUUAGCAGAUUUUGGACUAGCCAGAGCCUUUGGAGUCCCUGUUCGUACUUAUACCCAUGAGGUGGUGACCCUGUGGUACCGUGCACCUGAAAUCCUUCUGGGAUGCAAAUACUAUUCCACAGCUGUGGACAUCUGGAGCCUGGGCUGCAUCUUUGCAGAGAUGCACCUAGUGUGUACCCAGCACCAUGCUAGGUGCUGUGGGGAACACAGAAGAAAUGGAAGACACAGUCUCUGCCCGCUGUGCUCCUAUCUAGAAGUGGCUGCAUCACAAGGAGGGGGGAUGACCGCAGUGUCUACCCCACACCCCGUGACCCGCCGGGCCCUAUUCCCUGGAGAUUCUGAGAUUGACCAACUCUUCCGGAUCUUUCGAACUUUGGGGACCCCAGAUGAGACAGUUUGGCCAGGAGUUACUUCUAUGCCUGAUUAUAAGGCGAGUUUCCCCAAGUGGGCCCGGCAAGAUUUUAGCAAAGUUGUGCCUCCCCUGGAUGAAGAUGGACGAAGCUUGUUAUCGCAAAUGCUGCACUACGACCCCAACAAGCGCAUUUCAGCAAAGGCAGCUCUGGCUCACCCUUUCUUCCAGGAUGUGUCCAAGCCAGUACCCCACCUUCGACUCUGAUGUCCUUCCCCCAACCCCUACCUCCACUUUCACCCUCUCCUCCAGUGUGGGCCUCACUUGGCUUGGCUCUGGGCUAUUUGGACUCAGGUGGGCCCUCUGAUCUUGUCCGACUGCCUUAACACUCACCUUACCCUCUUGGCCAGCCAGCGCUGGGGAUACAGGGAGUGGAGGGGAGGGAGGGAUGGAAAUGAAAGGCAGUUUCAGUAUUAGAUGCACUUAAAUCAGCCUCUACCAUCCACUCUCCCUCCUCUUAGUUGUUACUGAGGAGGGCCAGUUUACAAAAAAAAAAAGACUAACUCUUCUCCUCUAACUCCACAUUGGGUUUGCCAUCCCAGGCCAUUUCUGAAUGCCCUGUAACUGUUAUUUUCUGUGUUUGGGAGUGACAGGGCCCCCAAGCCUCUUGCUGCCAAUGCUUUGGUAAGGCCAACUGAUAGCAGAGGGCUAAGGUGCAACUUUUGAAAACCAAGCAAAACGAAAACACAGAGAGGGGCUGGUUUUAAGGAAUUAAGUUAAAAAAUAGAUCCAACCAGUUUAUGCCCUAGUUUUAGUGUUUCACCUCUCCUAACAGGCUGGGAGACUCGAGACCCAACUCCGGUGGGGCUGCAGUAGAAAUGGUCACUCCCAGCCCCCUCGUCUUCCCCUCCUAAGGCCGUGGGGAGUCUGGGAGGCUCUGGGACAGGAUUUGUAUGGCAUCCAGGUGCAUUGCCUCACUGUGGCCUUAUGAGGCAGGUGAGAGACGUUUGAAUUUUUCUCUUCUUUAUAGGAUUUUUAGUUCUUCAGUUGCCAGGGAUCCCUGCUCCAAUCUUUCUCUGAAAGCCACCCCCAUCUCCAGGAAUGGAAGUUAGAGUUUAGACAUCAUUUUGAGAAUGCUGACACUUUUUCAGGGCUGUGACUAAGCAGGGGCACUGGGAAAAAUAUUUCUUUAAAAGAAGGAUGAACAAUUAUAUUUAUAUUUCAGGUUAUAGUAGUUUUUAAAAUCAGUGGGGGGUGGGAUAGGGAGGUGUGUUGCCAUGCGCACCUUGGGGUUUUGCA